GACAAGAGGCAAGGAAAUGGCGGACUGCUCCACCUCCAAGGAGGGAAAGCCGAUUUCCCAGAGGGCCGCUCGCAAGGCCGCCGCUGCUUGCCUCGCCAGGCAGAGACACAAGUCGUUCGUCAACACGCUGCAGGACGCGAUAGAGGCGCGAAAGAUGCGGGUGGGCGUGCUGAAAAAGAGAAAAGAGGACUACUUCGCCGCGGUCGCCGCUCACAUGAUCCGCGGCAUCCCGGCGGCAGAGGCCGAGGGCCCGCAACUCCCACCGCCGCGCUGCCCUCGGGAAGGCGGCGCCUUCUUCCUCGAAGGCGCGGCGGAGGCGCCCGUGCGCGCGAGUGGCAAGAAGGCGCCGCCAAAGGACACGAUGCGAGCGCCCUUGGGUGCGCUGAUCGAGGCUGCGUGGCUGCAGCUCAAGGACGACACGGAGGGGCGGGCGUACCACGAGAGCACGUGGACGAACCUUUCGGCGCUCGAGGAGGAUUUUCUGCUCAUCAACUCGGAGCACCGGCCGAGCGACGCCCUCUCGAUGCCAAUGCCCAUGCGCCCCACCGCUCGCACCUAG